AACAGAAUUAGCAGAUUUCCUUUGAAAAGGGGCGUUUGAUAGGCGGUAUUGCCACAACAACUUCCGGUAUACGGCGCUAUUGAAACGCUCGCACGGUGAUUGGCAUCUCUGGUUUUGAUGCGGUAGAUAGUUUUGAUCGCAUAACAGCGCGUACUGGAUUACUUGGAGCGAGUCGGAGUAAAGAAUGCCUCAGUUAAACUCGGAUGAAGCUGCCAAUGAUGAGCCAAAAACCUAUAACGAUGAAAGGGUAGGCGAAGAGGACGAACGAGGGUGGCAUGAAAAUGAUGAACUUGACAACAUAAAGGGUGAUUUAGUCGAGGAAGAAGACAGAGACCCACACAGGCGACAAUCUUACGAUGUUCCGGCAAAAGUAAACUCUCGACACAGAGAUUCCAGCCACAGAAGUACAGAUGAUUUAGACAGAGAUCUUCCAAGUGAUAUAGCAUCAUCACGUCCAAACUUCCCUUAUCUUCAGCAAGACAUUGGAGCUGCUAUUGCUUUAAACCAGCAGUCGUUGUUGUCGUCUCUACCAUCGUCUAGUCAAGUGCCUUAUAACCCUUAUGCAUAUCACCACUUCUUGUAUGGUACACCUUCCCCUACAGAUAUAGAUGGGAAACCAGGUUUACCACGACAUAAUGAUGUACCAGCUAUGUACCCACUACCUGGUCAACUUGGUCAAAUACCUAACCCACUUAGUCCAUGGGGACCAACUAGCCCAACACCAUUCAUAUGUACUGCUAGUGCAAUGGCUGGCAUGUUGCGAUAUCCAUAUCCAUUUGCAUCACAAUUUACAUCAACUUCGGGUGGUAUGAGUGCUAUAACACCUUUUCCACUGGUGCCCCCUCAUGUUAGUGGCAUGCAUUCCACUAUGAUACCACACCCUGCCAUGGCAUUACCUGGGCAUUUACCUAAUGGCCACAACCAAAGUAAAGGGGGUGUAGAUAAAAAAAAUUUUGGGCCUGAACCUGGCUCAAAGAAACGCGAAAAAGGCGACAAACCAAGUCGGCCAUAUGUGAAGAAACCACUCAAUGCAUUCAUGCUCUAUAUGAAGGAACAACGGGCAAAAGUGGUCGCUGAAUGCACGCUGAAAGAAAGUGCGGCAAUCAACCAAAUACUUGGAAGAAAGUGGCACAGUCUUAACCGUGAAGAGCAACAAAAAUAUUACGAGAUGGCUCGAAAAGAACGUCAACUUCACCAACAGAUGUUUCCAGGUUGGAGUGCCAGAGAUAAUUAUGGUAAAAGAAAGAAAAGAAAAAAGGAAAAAACUCAAGAUUGCACAGCUCAGAACCCCAAGAAAUGCCGAGCUGUGUUUGGUCUAGAACAACAGCAAUUAUGGUGCGCACCGUGCAGGAGGAAAAAGAAAUGCAUAAGAUACCAACAUGAUGACGACGAUGACGAUUCAGAUGACGAUUCGGAUUCAAUUCAUUACCAGCCCUCCCCGACCGACAACGGUGGCGGUCCCCCCUCAAACUUCGACGACCCCUCUAUGACGUCACUAUCGACCUCCAGCGUCAUAAGCAGCAACAAUGGCGGACAAUCAACUUCGUCUGUAGUAGGGGACCGUUUCUCACCUAACAGGGGGCAUGUGGAAAUACCUUGUGAUUUAAUAAAACAAGAAAAGUCGCCACCUUUAUCGCAUGAUAAUGUUAACAAGCAGGCCCACAAAUCAGCGAGAGACAUGUACCAACCAUCAAGUAGCUACGAACCUUCCCCUACCGACAGCAACCAUAGUGCUGAUAGACACAACUGUGCAAAGAGACCUCGAACCACAGAACCCAGUGUUGCCAGCACAAAAUCUUUUACCGACGUCCAAUCGCGACAUCUUCAAUCCGGCAACACUGCAGGAAAAACUCAAACCGAAUUGCGUAACCGGCGAUCGAACUCGUUCGGGAAUUCCCCGAUGCCCCAUAGUCACCCCAACAAUAGCAAUAACCUAUUCUCACCCACCGUACUUUCCCCCGGCCGUUCACCCAUUGGGGGUCUGAAUUCACCCCACUCAAACAACUUUUUCCCCCACUUUCAACCGUACCUGCAAAUGAGUACACUUGCCGCUUUACCGCCGUCCCCAUUGAACAGUUUCAUGGGGCUACCCGGUUUCAAAGGCUUACAGUCACCCAUGAGUCUAAGUGGGGCAGCAACGACUGCUAACCCCGGUGGGGGGCACCCAGGUACAAAUUCCACCCGCCGUGCAACAUCAGCAUUAGAAGGAAAAUCCUGAAAUCUCAGUCGUUUUUUCCGAGAUUCCUCCAAAAACGUAGCGUUGCCAAACACGCAGCAUUCUUCAAGUGGGAUAAAAAGAGGGCGUGUCCGGCUUGAUGACGUCAUUUGUUGUGACGUCACUUGUGAUGACGUCACGUCCAAGUUUUGUGUAGCGACCUUUGCGUGGUGCCAACACCGCAUGAAUUGCCAACCAUACCUUACUCGUGCCUCGGAUUUUUUACGACGUUUAAAUCAUGUUUUUUUUUUUAUCUUUUCUCUCGUGGAGCAUAUUAUUAUAAAACCAUCGCAAUUUUACUUUUAGCGCAGUGAAUAUUCGUUCUCAACUUUUUCUUUUCAUUUCAUUUCGAACUUGUCUUUUUAAACCCGAGAUUGCGGACGGGCGUUUACUUUUCCGUACCGUUGCUGCUUUGUUUUGACAACUUUUUUGACUCCGGACACGUGAAAGUAAUGUCACGCAUCGUUUUUACUGUUUUUUUUUUACCACGUGGCCUUUUAUUCGUAUUGAACAAUCCAACAGUAUUUUUGAACUUUUUUAGCACGCGACACGAAAUGGAACGAUUUUAACGGUGAUCUCGUAGGCCUUCACACUUCCACGCCAAUAUCAAUCAGCGAAAAUAAGGUUCCAGUACUCGAGCAUCACGCUACAGUUCGCUUCGCUUAUACGCUAAUCAUUGUACACAGCUAGGUACCGUGCAUAAACCACUAACCGUGUGUACUUCUGUCUUUACUAGUCGUUGCAGUUCGUGAAUAAAUAUGCCUUUGUACCACGAAGCAAUCA